AUGGAGCGAGAAUCCAAUUCCAUGCAGGCUUUGUGUCGUGGUGGAUGUGGCUUCUAUGGUAACCCAUCUACAGAUGGUCUUUGCUCUCUGUGCUAUAAAGAAGCACUGAAAAAGAAACAGACACCACCACAAACAGCUCCAUCGCCACCUUCAGUCUCCGCUCAGAAUAUGAUGGAGACUGCUAUACCUACCAUACCAGUGCUGCAGAUUCCACCUGUAUCCGCCUCUCCAAUUUUGCCCACUGACUCAAAAAAAGAUAUGGACAAUGGUUUGGCAUGCAGUUCUAAUGACAGCAGUCUCAUGGACGAUGGUAAAAAAGAUGACGAUGACGAUAAAGACAAGUCUAAAAAGAAAAACCGAUGUGCCAUGUGCCGCAAAAAAGUCGGUCUUACAGGUUUUGAAUGCCGUUGUGGCGGCUUGUUUUGUGGCAUCCAUCGAUACUCCGACAAGCACAAUUGUUCAUUUGACUACAGGGGGCUAGGAGCACAAGAAAUCAGGCGCAAUAAUCCAGUAGUUGUUGGAGAAAAAAUUCAGAAGAUUUAA